GUCUCUGUCUUAAUGACCACGUCUCCUGUCACAGCAACUUCCCUGGAAACUCUUGGCUACUUCCCAAGAACAAAGAAGGAGAAUAAAAGGAGUCUUGUCGAUGGAGAACCACCCAAUCCAGUCCCCUCAUCCCAUCGCCCCCCACUCCACCACCAGUAGUAGAUGCAUCAGCAACGACGAUGGAGUAACAGCAGCAGCAGCUCCUCCGACACCGCCUCCACCUCCAAAGUCCACUCCAUGCGCCACCACCUUCGUCCAGGCCGACACCUCUUCCUUCAAGCAAGUGGUGCAGCUGCUCACCGGCUCCGCCGAGACCACGGCGAAGCGCUGUGGCGGACUGCCGCCGGCCGCCAAAGCCGUCACCGGCCCCAAGAGGCGGGCUUUCAAGCUGUACGAGCGCCGCAGCAACCUCAAGACGAUCGGCCCUCUGAAAUCGACCGCGUUCUCGCCUCAUAAGCGACCGCCGGAGAUCAAGUCGCCGAUCGUGUUGGACUUCCCUUCGCUGACUCUCAGCCCCGUCACCCCGCUGACCCCUGAUCCCUUCGACCGGCUGCUGCAACCGUAUUCCGCUGCGAGGAUGUCGGCCGACGCCCGUUCCAUCGCCGAGAAGGGGUUCUACUUGCACCCGUCGCCGAGGACCACGCCAAGGGAUGCGGAGCCGCCGAGGCUGCUGCCGCUGUUUCCUAUCUCCUCGCCGAGAACGUCAUCUGCUUCAGCCGCUUGUUCGUCUACCUGAUGCUUUUUACUUGCUUCCAGAAGAAAUAUAUCUGCUUCAUGCGAAAAACUCGUGCUCUUUCUCUGAAUUCUCUCUGAUCUUGUCUUCUCUUUGUGAUGCUACAAACCAAAUUCUGGGAGUAUACAGACAUCUUUUUCUUCAAGCUCACAGCAUGCAGUUCAUGUGCAUCAUUUUUCCUC